AUGCCCUCCGUAACCCAAACCGCCGCGGCCUCGUCCCUCACGAUCAAGGCGGCGGCGGCGGCGGCGCCGUCGUCGUCGUCACAACCCACCGCCCAACAAGCCGAGGACCAGGAUAUCUACGAUGAGAUCGAAAUCGAGGACAUGACUUUCGACCCCCAGCUGCAGAUCUACCAUUACCCGUGCCCGUGCGGGGAUCGGUUCGAGAUUUCCAUCCAGAGUCUCAAGGACGGGGAGACGGACAUUGCGGUGUGUCCGAGUUGUAGUUUGAUGAUUCGCGUGAUUUAUGAGCCCGAGGAUUUGGAGGAUUUGGAGGAUCAAGAGGAGGAGGAGGACGACGAGGAAGAGGAAGACGGGGAGGACGAGGACGGGCAGGAUGAAGAAGGAAGUAAUGAGUUGGCUGAGGGACAGCGACAAGCACAGCGAUAG